AUGAGAAAACUACUCUCGGCCUUCCCUCCUAAUGGCCGAGAUUACUUUCUACCAAAUUUGCAUGCAUCCUCCUCCCAAAUAAACGACACCUCUCCAAUUCCAGUCGUCGACACUGCUUUCGAUUUCGCCACCAUCCCCGUCAUCGGCGCCCUUCUCCUCCUCUCCCUCAUCUCUCUCUCCUUCAUCUUCCACCUCCGCCUUAGAUCUCGCGGCGCAUGCCACCUCCGGGAAUUCAACAAUCUCUGGACUGUCCGCCUGCUCCUCGUUUUCUUCAUCUCUCAUUGGGCCAUCAACGAAAUCAUCCGCCUUCCCCUCUUCCGUAGCCGUUAUCUUUUCCCAUCCUUGCCAUCCCUAACAUUGUCGCAACAGGACGACCUAUGCAAACUCCACGUCGUAUUUUCUCUAGGGUUUAUGGAACCUGGUUUCCUCAUCACCCUCUUUUUCCUAAUUAGCGAGUCCGUCAAGAAACAAAACCCGUCACAGAUAGGGGCAGUUUUACGGGUGUUGUUCAUGAGUUUACCCACAUUGAUUCUGCAAACAGUCGUCGUCUUCUUUAAUCCGUUAAAGGCGCAAUUGCCUUGGAUGAUGAUUCGAAGUUCCUUCCUGUCGGUGGAUGAAAGUGGGAACAAGAGCAUGAGGUGCACCUAUCCGUUGUUGAGCAGCAUUGUUUUUGGAGCAUUUGGGGUUGUGUACUCGGUGGGUUUAUUAAUAUGUUGUUGGCGGGUGGUGUCGUUGGUGAUCAAUAAGAAGAUGAAAUUACGAAUUGAGGUGUUGGGAUGGACGGUGAUGAUGUCAGUACUGGUGGAGUCAUUGUUGCUGGGGGUGGUGGGUAUUUGGAAACCGGAAAGCAUAUGGUACGGUGGGGUGUUGUUGGGGAUGUUUGUGAGUGUGGCAAUAUGUGGCGGUGUAGCAGAGAUUGUGUUGGUGAUAAAGCCCAUAGUGGAGGCGCUUGUGGCUGCCGGAGACUACUGCCAGUGGAAUCCUGUUGUUCGCUACAUGCAGCCGGUGGAGGACCGAGGGAAUAUAUAG